AUGAGUCCCUUGUUCUCAUUGUGUCUUUUAAUGAAUGUACUGACAUUCAGUGGAGGCUCGAGUGCAAGUCACUGUGAGGAUGGAAAUUACUACAGCAUCAUAGAUAACCUCUGUAAGAAAUGCUCCAGCUGUCCCACAAACCAAAUCAUUAAGCACCCUUGCACAAACUAUGCCGAUAUAAAAUGUGGACCAUUUAAAUUCAUUGACUUCCCAGAUCCCGGAAACGAGUUGCCGUACCGCAGUUCGGCAGAUGAAAUGUUUGAUGAGAAGGAUUACUAUACUCUGAAUACCAAGAUUAAAGAUGUGAGAACCUCUUCUAGAAGAAAGUCAUCUGCACAUGAUAUGGAAAGUCCUACAACUAUGGAGAAGGAAGAUCGGGAGUAUUGGAAAACACUUGCUAUUGCUUUGAUUGGGCUUCUGAGUGUUCUUAUUGUUGUGGCAACCAUAGUUGUGCUGCUGGCUUGCCGUAAGCUGCAAAAGGCAGCGGUUAUUAAGCAGCCAGACGAAGGAGAUAUGGAUGAUGCAGAUUCAGGCUACGUUGUCAUUAGAGCCAUCAGAAUUGUCCCGGAUGCCAGGCCUGGGAAUGCAGAUCUCAGCUUAUACACCAAAGAUGAGUACAAGAGCCAUCUGCCCCUGCUGGGACCAUCCUCUGACAUGGAUCUGCAGCCUGUUGAUGACACUGUUACUGCUUCUGCAGCUGCUACUUCUCCACAUCCUCGUCGCCUGUGUUUCUUGCCCAACGUAUACAAACCCCAGCGACGGCUGCUCAACUACGAUGCAGAUGAUGUCUUUGAGUCGGAUGACAGUGGUAGCUCAUUCAUCAUCCCAGGCAAAUCAAAACUUCAGAUAAACGCUGACAAGGCAUUAGAUCUCAAAAGAAACAGUUCUAGCAGUAAGAAAAAUGGAAACUCAAAAUAA